AUCCCGGGGUGGCGGCGGCCUGGGCGGCCUCGGCGCCGCCAGCGCCGCAAUGGGCUGAGGGAGGGCAGGCGGUGGCAGCGGGGGGUGUCCGCGGCUCCGGGCUGGGCGCUCCGAGGAUGGAGAGAGCCAUGGAGCAGCUUAACCGGCUGACCAGGUCCCUGCGCCGCGCCCGCACCGUGGAGCUGCCGGACGAUAAUGAAACUGCUGUCUAUACACUGAUGCCAAUGGUUAUGGCUGACCAGCACAGGUCUGUCUCAGAGCUGCUGUCAAAUUCAAAAUUUGAUGUGAAUUAUGCCUUUGGACGUGUGAAGAGAAGUUUGCUUCAUAUUGCAGCAAACUGUGGAUCAGUUGAAUGCCUUGUUCUGUUAUUAAAAAAAGGAGCAAAUCCAAACUAUCAGGACAUCUCAGGAUGCACUCCUCUCCAUUUAGCAGCAAGGAAUGGCCAGAAAAAAUGUAUGAGCAAGCUGCUGGAAUACAGUGCAGAUGUCAACAUUUGUAAUAAUGAAGGCUUGACUGCAAUUCAUUGGUUGGCUGUCAAUGGACGAACAGAAUUGCUUCAUGAUCUUGUUCAGCACGUCAGUAAUGUAGAUGUUGAAGAUGCCAUGGGACAGACAGCCCUUCAUGUAGCUUGUCAAAAUGGACACAAGACAACAGUGCAGUGCUUGCUGGACAGUGGUGCAGACAUAAACAGGCCGAAUGUUUCUGGGGCAACUCCACUUUAUUUUGCUUGCAGCCAUGGUCAGAGAGACACUGCACAAAUUCUUUUGAUGAGAGGAGCCAAAUAUUUACCAGACAAGAAUGGUGUUACUCCACUGGAUCUCUGUGUACAGGGUGGUUAUGGAGAGACUUGUGAAGUCUUAAUACAGUACCAUCCUCGGCUUUUCCAGACAAUAAUUCAAAUGACACAGAAUGAAGAUCUGCGGGAAAACAUGUUGCGGCAAGUUCUGGAACACUUGUCUCAGCAGAGCGAAAGCCAGUAUCUUAAAAUCUUGACAAGUCUUGCUGAAGUUGCUACAACAAAUGGUCACAAAUUGCUCAGCUUGUCAAGUAAUUAUGAAGCUCAGAUGAAGAGUCUCUUAAGGAUCGUGAGGAUAUUUUGCCAUGUCUUUCGCAUUGGCCCAUCCUCUCCCAGUAAUGGAAAUGACAUGGGCUACAAUGGAAAUAAAACUCCAAGAAGUCAGGUGUUCAAGGUCAGAAAAGUAUAUGAUGUUGUUAGGAAGAUAGACGUUAAAGAGAUGAAUUUCACAAAGCAUGCAUUCAUUAAUCAGACAUCUCAUGAACAGGAACCACUGGAACUGCUCUGGCAUUCUCUGGAUGAAUGGCUUGUUCUGAUAGCCACAGAGCUGAUGAAAAACAAAAGGGACUCUGCCAACAUUACUUCUAUUUUAUUGAAGCAAAAAGGACCAGAUCACCCAGAUGCUACUUCUGCGCCUUCUUUUGCCACUGCAGGAGUUGAGGGAAGAGAAGAGCUGUUCACUGACGCUGUUGAGUUAAAAACAUAUGAUAUGGCUGGGAAGCAGGAAGCUUGUGCUGAUUGUCAGGAUGUUAUCUCCAUGACAGCAAACAGGCUAAGUGCUGUCAUUCAAGCCUUCUAUAUGUGCUGCUCCUGUCAGAUGCCUCAGGGGAUGACAUCACCUCGUUUUAUAGAAUUUGUUUGUAAACAUGAUGAUGUCCUUAAGUGUUUUGUAAACCGAAAUCCCAAAAUAAUUUUUGAUCACUUUCAUUUUCUUCUGGAGUGUCCUGAAUUAAUGUCCAGAUUUAUGCACAUCAUAAAAGCUCAGCCAUUUAAAGAUCGCUGUGAAUGGUUCUAUGAACAUCUGCACGCCGGGCAGCCAGAUUCAGACAUGGUGCACAGGCCUGUCAAUGAAAAUGACAUACUUUUGGUUCACAGAGAUUCUAUUUUUAGGAGUAGCUGUGAAGUUGUGUCUAAAGCAAACUGUGCAAAAUUAAAGCAGGGGAUUGCUGUGAGAUUUCAUGGAGAAGAAGGCAUGGGACAGGGUGUGGUGCGUGAAUGGUUUGAUAUCUUAUCGAGUGAAAUAGUUAACCCAGAUUAUGCCUUAUUUACCCAGUCAGCUGAUGGAACAACAUUCCAGCCAAACAGCAACUCUUCUGUAAAUCCAGAUCAUUUGAACUACUUCCGUUUUGCAGGCCAGAUCCUGGGGCUGGCUCUGAAUCACAGGCAGCUGGUGAACAUCUACUUCACAAGGUCAUUCUACAAACAUAUUCUUGGCAUACCUGUAAAUUAUCAGGAUGUAGCAUCUAUUGAUCCAGAGUAUGCAAAGAACUUGCAGUGGAUUUUAGAUAAUGAUAUCAGUGAUCUGGGUUUAGAGCUGACAUUCUCUGUUGAGACCGAUGUGUUUGGAGCAAUGGAAGAAGUGCCAUUGAAGCCAGGGGGUGCAAGUAUACUUGUUACACAGGAAAACAAGGCUGAGUAUGUCCAGCUUGUGACAGAGCUCAGAAUGACAAGAGCCAUUCAGCCUCAGAUAAAUGCCUUUCUACAAGGCUUCCAUAUGUUCAUUCCACCAUCUUUGAUCCAACUUUUUGAUGAAUAUGAACUGGAGCUUUUGUUGUCUGGUAUGCCAGAAAUUGAUGUGAAUGACUGGUUAAAAAAUACAGAAUACACCAGUGGCUAUGAGAGAGGAGACCAAGUUAUUCAGUGGUUCUGGGACGUGGUGGAAGAACUAACUCAGGAAGAGAGAGUGUUACUAUUACAGUUUGUUACUGGCAGUUCCAGGGUGCCUCAUGGUGGCUUUGCCCACAUAAUGGGUGGCAGCGGAUUGCAAAAUUUUACUAUUGCUGCUGUGCCAUAUACUGCAAAUCUUUUACCAACAUCAAGCACAUGACAUGCUUGUGCUGCAGCCUUGGAACUGUGCCCUCUCUCCUUGACUGCUUGCAAGGCCCAUGAUCCUCCUGCACCCAAGAUUUGGAAGAGGUUCAUCCUUUCUGCAUCAAAGCAUGACAAGAAGGAAAAACAAGUGCUUGAAAAAACCAAGUUAUACAGAAAAGCAUUCUUACAGAACUCAUGAAGUCCACCAAAAAGUGAUAUCAAGUGUAGAAAAUACUCCAUAAAUUACCAGCUUCAGGAAUUGUCACUGUCUUUUGUAAUUUCAUUAUCUUGAUACAUGUUUUACCUUCUCUCAGUUCUGCAAUUAAAUAUCAGCAAUAUAUUCAUGUCAGGCCCUAGCAAUGAAAACUGCAUGACAGUUUGUACAAAUUCUAGUUGUUGACUUCCUAAGACACAUCGACUUUUAAGCAAGAAAACCCUUUAAAUCUAUUCCAUAUCAUAGUAUUUAAUAAUUGUCCAUCUAUUGUUGCCUCAAUUACAAAUUGGUGAAGCAAGCCAGGUUUCUUGGCAGUUUAAGUCAGAAUGUAAAAAAAAAAAAAAUUAAGUUCUUUUUGUUACUGGACCUUGUUUUAUUCUAAAUGUAUGGAACUAAAUGCAAUUCUUGGUCCUAAUGAACUUUGAAAUCUUCAUUGAGCUUAAUUGGUGGAGUAUUUGAAUUUAUGUCAAAGAGCCUUGAGAUCUGUGAAACUAUUUUGGGUACCUCUGGUCUGUUUUAAAUGAGCUCACAGGGAUUCUGAAAUGGAUGAAGAAUUGUUAUUUCAAUGUGCAAACUGAAGAAGCCCUGUAUGCUCUGAGUUUGCUUGAGGCUAGAUUAAUUCAGAUGAAAGGGGAUGGUAUUUCUAGUAUUUCAAUAAGACUAAUGGAGCUUUGAGUUGCUGCUCAUCUUUUCCUGUGAAAUUUGGGAGCCACAGGGAACAUUAUGACUAUCUGAUUGCACAGCUAAAAUAUUAUAGAUGCAGAAUCUCCUGAGGUAUUUUAUCUUCCAGCCCAGUAACUUCUGGUGCAUUUGAAGCAUGGGUGGCUCUAGCAAAAUUUUCAGAACUCCAUUUUGAAAUCUGAAUUCAAGAAUCUAAUUUUAAACUCUCUCUGAAUGAUGACCAUCUCAUAGAGGCCUUAAAACAUCUUAUCUCUUUCCUGGUGAUAAUUGAGUACUUCACCACCUGUUCAAUGAUGGCAGGAAGCAAGUGCCCCCCUGUGUGAUUUGUGCACUCAAGGGGCACGAGUUGAGCAAGUGACAGCAGCAGAGCAAGACUGGAGACUUUUAAUUGCAAUCCACUUUUCUGAUGGGUUUCAAGAGGACACCUUGUUUUUGCCAAGCUGAGAAAAGUGACUGGGUAGGGCUACUCACCCUUAGAGGGAGGAAAUACUUCUGUUCAAAUUCUGUAAAGAGGCUCAGCUCUCAUGAGUCAGAUGGUGGCUUCUCUCAGGGCCAUCAUUUAGUCAGCAGCUGAUCCAAUGUUUUCUGUCUCUUGCUAAGAAGUGGAGAGCUGCACUGAAAUUCAGGGUGCAGUUAAUGGCGCCCCUUCCUUUUCCCCUGGGUCAUGAACAUUUGAAGCAUACCCUCUUCUGUUUUGUUUCGAUUUUUUUUAACACAAGCUUCAUUUAUUUAGGUCUCCACAAUUUUGCUCAUGUGACAGGGACAGCAUUAUUUGCUGUAUGUUCUUUUAAUGAGAGUAAGGCACGUGCAAGUGUGAAAACUUCCUACAACUGGAAGCCAAUAGGCAAACCCCUAAAAUUCUAUGGGUAAGACAUGUCCCUGCAGACCUGAGCAGAGGAAGCUUUAAACAUUCCAUCAUGGUUACGAGAGAUUCUGGUUGAAAGAAAAAUACCCCUUUUUUGACAAAACAGUGACAGACUUACGAAAAAGACAUCUCAUUUUAAAUAAAGCUUUAU